AACCCUCUGUGAAGGAGGAGCUUACUCAGUCAGUUAGCUAGUCAGCAAGGAUGCAGGAAGUCAGUCAGAGUUGGUGGUGCUCGGAGAAACUCUCUAUAAUGACAUACUGUUCUUUGAAUGGGUCGUGUACUGGUUAGCACUCUGGACCUUAUAUCCAGUGAUCCAUGUUCACAUCUUGGUGGGACCUUAUUUUAAGCUUUAGUACGGGUUAAAGAAUGCAACCUUUCCACCUUCUUCAUGUUAAAGACAGUAACGUGUCAUUUUUGGAAAAUCUGCUCUCUUGUCAACCGUGCACGCUUAGUUUACACCCAAGACCGAGUUUCUAAAAUACUCAAUCUUACGUGUUAGCUACUUUUCUUGUCUGUGUGAAUACAGCAUUAGUACUACAGCCUGUGGUCACUUGGUCCUGAAACUAUCCAGUAAGAAGUACUCAAAUUACAUUGUGGAGUUUUCCUGUAAAUUUAGUUUGAAGACCACGACAUGACCAACUUUGUAUAAAAAUUAUAUAUUAAUAAAAAAUAUAAAUCCAUCGUGUAAAUGAUUGUGUAAUGUUUUCAGUGGAUUCAAUAGUGUUAAACUAAAGUCUAACUUCUUACCUUUCUACGUGAAUUGUUUUAAUUAUUAACUUUAGCUUUGCUUUUACCAGAGUCGGCAAAAGGACGCUAACACCAGUGAAUUAGCCGUGCGCUGCCCUUAAUGAAAUUUGGUAAUUGUUUAGUUCUAACAAUUACUCUGUUUUUUAUAUUUUGGAGCAACCUCCUCCGCCUCUAUGGACCAUCCUCUGGUUCAUCUUUGGUUCAUCUGUCUGCAGGCCUGGAGGAGUCAUCACCAUCGCUGUUUUCCAGCUACUUCCUGCUCUCCACCUGCUGAAUGUAACUCUUAUAAUAAAAAAUCAGUUUGCUGAUGUCACUCCCUUUCUGACUUCUAAGUCCUGCAGCAGUCUUUCAUUAGCUUUGAUUUGCCAAUUUGUCACAAUUCUUUGCUGUCACAACAUAAUCUACAGAUGUGCCCAACUAAGAGCUUUGCUUGACAUUUGUUGUGGUUGUUGUUGCUCCUAUGAAAAGCCUUUGUUUGGAUUAUUUCCCUUUUUUCCCAGGGGAUGACAUGGUGGCUUCCCAUUCAAGAAGUCACAGUCAAUAAUAUCACAUUUAACCAUGCUCCCUUUUGGGUCCAUACUGGCAUUCCCAUAUCUUCAUACCACCAUACAUGAAAGGCACUCUGUCGUCACUGAGCAGUAAGCACUCAGUCUUUCUCGCCUUCUUCCAUCAUGUGAAGGCAAAUAACAGUUUGACACAGGGAUACAAAGCAAUUGAUCUGUUAUCAUCAUGUUUCGGUUACAUUAAAAUCUUCUGUACGAUCCAAUGUGCAUGUCCCUCAAAAAAGAAAAUAUAUAAAAACACACAUAUAUAUACAUGAAUGAAUAAAAAAAAAGCUCAAAUUGAGUUAAGUAGUAUAGGUACCAAUUGAAAGUUUGAAAAUGAAGCGAUUGAACCCUGACUUUUGCCAUCCAGGCACACUACUUCCUUAGCUACCAACUUGUCUUUAGGUUAUAGACUGGGAAUUUAAGGUUAACAGUAUAUUUAAGGUUGGGGUUAAGGUGUGGAAAGAGUCGAUUGAUCUGUAAACCGACGCAAGGAAAUUCUACAUUGUUUACACGUAGCCACUAAAAGGCAGGUUUUACCUGGGAGCUAUUUAACAGGGCAAAAUACUGUUACGUAAGCAGGGCCUCCGUUUUAUAAACAGGCCCCCAAGGUUCCUGAAUUCCCCACAGACACAUAGUGAAAUAUCAGCAGAGAUAUCUGUUGUUACAUAUAUUUUUUAUCUCACAAAAAUAUUUUUUUUGGAGUGAAUUAAAGCCUUAAAAGCCUUUCUACGAGAUGGAAACCUUUUUUUUCAGUUAGGCGGAUCAUUGGGCAGCUACUAUAUUUUCGACAACACAGAGGGGUCCUUCGUUGAGCGCCAGUUUAGAUUUUCUCCCUCGCUCCGAGUUGUGGUUGUGGAGACUACAAGAAAUGUUUAAGUAUUAUGUUUUAUAAACUAUAACUUCUGACUUGUACAUUACCAACCUCGCGCGUCAUGAUGAUUAUUGGAAAACAAACAACAUAUUGACAGGUUGGACGUAGUUGUAAACUCCGUCAAAGUGGCAUUAGAGCUAGAAAAGGACACAAAGCUGUAACACCUGAGGUCACCAGCUCAUCUGAAAUCGGCACCACUACUAACAUCUCUAAAAUGGACAGUGAGGAUGAUCUGGACAUGUUGACGGCGCUGCUGGCUGAGAGUGAGGGAGUCGGAGAAGAACGGGGCAGUCAGGAGCAGGCAGACGACUUGGACGGCCUGUUUGACGGCGACAAUGAUGAGGACGAGUACAAAGAGGGUGUCGAGGAGGAAGGGCCAAAUGUGGGGACCGAGGAUGCCUUGUCGGAUCUCUUCGGGGAGGUGGAUGACAUUGAAAAUGAAGAGAAAGAGGCUAAAAGAAAAGGAAGUGGCGGAGAAGCCUGCGAAAGCCUGGACAGGUCCAAGGAGGAUUUACAAGACGAGCUGAGGCGCAUGCAGGAGCAGAUGCAGCGGUUGCAGCAGCAGCUGGAAGCAAGCCAGAAGGUUUCCCCCUCAUCUUCCACUCCGGUCUUGACUGCAGGGAGCUCGGCUGGUCCCAAACCAAUGACACCCAAACCGACACCCACUCGACAGCCGACCUCCAAACAGACCAAACCGGCUUCUACCACGCAGAAGGCCAAGACACAAGCAGCAGCAACAUCUUCAUCCACUCCAGUCAAAGGAGGAGGUCUGAAGCUCCAGGAGUCCGCUGACUUUUUUGAUCAGCUGAACAAUUCUGACUCCUUCAAACGCAAACCCAGGGUAGCUCACCAUACCAAACCCAGCACAUCGCCAGAAGACAGAGGUCCACUGAUGGAGAUAAAGAUUAGCAGCUCCUUCUUGCCAGUAGAGAGCACCAGCAAGGUUUGCAAUCCUCUGCGUUCACCUCCACCUGCAUCAACAGGAACGCCCAAACCUUCUUCUCUUCCUCCCAUUCCUAAAGAUGUGGGUGUUGAGAAAUACUCAGGACUGCGGCUCAGAAGACCGCGCGUUUCCUCAUGCGAGAUGGACCGCAAGAUGGCCGACCGCCGUCUGAUCCGUCUGUCGCAGCUGCCUGAGCGUUUGGCUCGGGAGAAGCUGGAGGACAGCGACUGGGUGACCUUCGCUGUGCUGGUCAAAAAGGUCACACCACAAAGCAACAGCAGUGGCAAAACCUUCAGCAUCUGGAAACUGAACGACCUCCAUAACCUGGAAGUCUUUGUGUCUCUGCUGCUGUUCGGCGAAGUCCACAGAGAGCACUGGAAGACGGAGCCGGGCACCGUCAUCGGAGUCCUAAACCCGACCCCCAUGAAGCAGAAGGACGGGUAUGACGGGGUGAGCCUGACGGUGGACAACCCCCAGAAGGUGCUGCUGAUGGGUGAAGCUCAGGACUAUGGCACCUGCACGGCCAUGAAGAAGAACGGAGACCCCUGCUCUCAGCUCGUCAACAUGUUUGAGUGCCAGUUCUGCCAGUAUCACGUCAAGGCCCAGUACAAGCAGAUGAGCGCGAAGAGGGCCGAGCUGCAGUCGGCGUUUUCGGGCAAAGCUCCCAACAAGCUGAAGGGGAAGGGAGGCAACCUGAGAGAUCGGCUGUGUCAGGACGGCUUCUACUACGGCGGCGUGUCCUCAGCCGCCUGCGCCUCGUCGCUAACGGCGUCCAAACCGAACAAACCCGUCCAGAAGACUCUGGACAAGCUGUUUGUGAAAGGCUCUGCUCAGCUCGUCAAUCAGGCCAAGAGGCUGGCCAUGCAGUCUGGUGAAGUUGCAGGUUGUUCAAGUGAAUUUAAGAGCCUGUUGUCAGCGCCAACACCCGGAGCUCUGCAGCUGAAGAAGCACUUAAUACAGGGCAGCCAAUCAGAUGCAGCUUCAGCUCCACUUCAGUCCAUCUCAGCCUCGGACCUGCUGAAGCUGCAGAAGCAGAGGCAGCGGGAGUUUCUGCAGAACCGGCGGCGGCGGGCUGACGAAAUCCAGAAGAAGGUGCCACAGAGCUCGGCUGGGCCCAGACCCGGGGCGUCGUCCUCGCUGGUCCGGGAUGGUCUGAUGUCCCCGAAAGCAGCCUCCGAGGUCCCCAAGGCCCGCACCCCCACCCUGGGCCGAGGCUUCUCUGACGGCGAGGACAUCCUCUUCUUUGAGAACAGCCCUCCACCACCGGCGCCCGCUCUCAGCCUAUCAGCCGCCAAGCUGGCUGCUCUGAAGAGGCUGAAAGGCAAAGGGGCGGGGCUCGAAAAGGAAGACCCCAACGCUGUGAAGAGGAAGAGGAGUAACGACGGCGAGAUCAGCGCCCGAGUGGAGAAGAAUCUCACCUCACCCAAUGGCGAAUCGUCCGGUAUUGAGGAAGAGGAACCGGCUCAGAAGAAGAAGCGAGAACAGCUCCUCUACAUCCAGUCAGAGGCGUUUCAAAAGAUCCUCAAUGCCAAAUCUCGCCACGACGCUGCACUACAGGCGGCGGAGUACCAAGUGCAGGAGCGCUACUUCGAUCCGCUCGUGAAGAAGGAGCAGAUGGAGGAGAAGAUGAAGGGCAUCAGGGAGAUGAAGUGUCGUGCUGUUUCCUGUAAAAAGUGUAGUUACACCUACUUCAAGCCGGCAGACCGUUGUGUGGAGGAGAAUCAUAACCUGCGGUGGCACGAUGCCACCAAACGUUUCUUCAAGUGUCCCUGUGGACAGAGAGCCAUCGCUCUGGACAGACUGCCGAACAAACACUGCAGUAACUGCGGUCUGUUUAAAUGGGAGCGCGAUGGGAUGCUGAAGGAGAAAAAGGGACCAAAGAUUGCCGGAGAGCUCCUCCGGCCUCGAGGAGAGGAGCAUGGCAAGUUCCUCAACAGCAUGAAGUGACGGCACCGGCAUUUUUACGUCUGUAAUUUAAACGUCUCAGUAGCAAUUUUGCAUUUGUGUGAAUUAUGAUUUUACAGUUUUUACAGUUGUGUCAUUGAUUAUGGAGAUUUGAAUGUCUGUGAUUUUUAUUGAAUACACUUUAAAUAAGCUGAUUA